UGCUCUAGGAUCCGCUCAGCCCGCCCCCCUUGCCUGGAGCCUGCCCGGGAAUGAGUCAGACAUUUGCAGGCGAGGGAGGCAGCGGGGCCGUGGGCUGAUCCCCAGCGUGGUGCAGAGCAGGCAUACCUGGGCUGGGUGCAAAGCUCGCUGCGCGCCUGCUGGCUGUCUGCGGAGGGCGGUCCCGGGAGAGAUGACGCGGCGGGUUUUCAUGUGAGGCAGCUGGCCUGGCAGUGUGGGAAGAGAGCCCGUUCCUGCUCUGUGCGGCGAGGUCUGCUGCGACUGCAGUAGGCAUCAAUCACUGCGCGGGGGUGUGAAAGUUGGAGAAGAGGCUGCUCCGCAGCAAGCGCUGUGGUGUACGCGCAGCCCCGUCCGGGAGAGGAGAGGAGCCUCGCUGCAGGCAUGGGGACGGACCGCGCUUGCCAAGCUGCAGAAUAAUUAGUCACCAUGACGACAGAGACGGGGCCAGACUCAGAGGUGAAGAAUGCCCAGGAGGAACCCCCGCAGCAGCAGCUGGAGGCAGCGGCAACCGGCCCAACCGCGGUGACCACCGGCCCCGGCCCGACGGCCAACAGCCGGGAAGCUGAGGCCAACGAAAAGCCCAGAGCCCAGGCCGACUCCAGAAGUGCCGAGCCGGGCAUGGACUUGGAGGAAAAGGACUACAGCGAAACCGAUGGGCUGUCGGAGAAAACCACGCCCAGCAAGACCCAGAAAUCCCCACAGAAAAUCGCCAAGAAGCUCAAGAGUGCCAUCUGCAGGGUGAUGCUGCUCGACGCCUCCGAGUAUGAGUGUGAGGUGGAGAAACACGCCCGGGGCCAGGUGCUCUUCGACAUGGUGUGUGAGCACCUCAACCUCCUGGAGAAGGAUUACUUCGGCCUGACGUUCUGCGACUCAGACAGCCAGAAGAACUGGCUGGACCCCUCCAAGGAGAUCAAAAAGCAGAUCCGCAGUGGCCCCUGGAACUUUGCCUUCACUGUUAAGUUCUACCCACCCGACCCAGCCCAGCUCACAGAGGAUAUCACAAGAUACUACCUGUGUCUGCAGCUGCGGGCUGACAUCAUCACGGGGCGCCUGCCCUGCUCCUUCGUGACGCAUGCCCUGCUGGGCUCCUACGCUGUGCAGGCCGAGCUGGGAGACUACGACUCCGAGGAGCAUGUUGGCAACUACGUCAGUGAGCUGCACUUCGCGCCCAACCAGACCAGGGAGCUGGAGGAGCGCAUCAUGGAGCUGCACAAGACCUACAGGGGCAUGACGCCGGGCGAGGCGGAGAUCCACUUCCUGGAGAAUGCGAAGAAGCUCUCCAUGUACGGUGUCGACCUGCACCACGCCAAGGACUCAGAAGGCAUCGACAUCAUGCUGGGCGUCUGUGCCAAUGGCCUGCUGAUCUACAGGGACAGGCUGAGGAUAAACCGCUUUGCCUGGCCCAAGAUCCUCAAGAUUUCCUACAAGAGGAGCAAUUUCUACAUCAAAAUCCGCCCCGGUGAGUACGAGCAGUUUGAGAGCACCAUUGGCUUCAAGCUGCCCAACCACCGCUCCGCCAAGAGGCUCUGGAAAGUGUGCAUCGAGCACCACACCUUCUUCAGGCUGGUCUCCCCAGAGCCACCCCCAAAGGGCUUCCUGGUGAUGGGCUCCAAGUUCCGCUACAGUGGGCGGACGCAGGCCCAGACCCGGCAGGCCAGUGCCCUGAUCGACCGGCCUGCGCCCUUCUUCGAGCGCUCCUCCAGCAAACGGUACACCAUGUCUCGCAGCCUCGACGGAGAAUUCUCGCGCCCAGCCUCCGUCAGCGAGAACCACGAUGGAGGGGCGGAGUCCGAGAGGCGGGACGAGGACAGCGAGUACGGCGGGAGGCGACGCUCUGAGGCAGAGGAUGAGGAAGUCACAACCCCGACAAAAAUCAAGGAGCUGAAGCCGGAGCAGGAAACCACCCCCAGGCACAAGCAGGAGUUUUUAGACAAACCAGAAGACGUUUUGCUAAAGCACCAGGCCAGUAUCAAUGAGCUGAAGAGGACGCUGAAGGAGCCCAAUAGCAAGCUGGUUCACCGGGAUCGGGACAGGAGGCUGCCUUCAUCGCCAGCCUCUUCUUCGCCCAAGAAUGAGGAUGAGACCCCAAAGGGGACCCCGGAGAAGGCCAGCGAGAGGAUAGAAGAGGAUUCCCUAGAGGAGUUUUCAGUCGAGCACGGAGCUGCCUUGUCCAUGGAGUCUUUCACACAGAAAAGCCUUGUCUCUUCUCCUGAGAGCAAAUCUCAAGAACCAAUUGGGAAAGAAAAGGAUUUAUCUGGCCCAUCAGUUAAAGCCACCCUGAAAGAAGAGAGUUUAAGGACUGGUAUUCCAGUGGUCUCCCAGAGAGCGGGAGCGAGGGAGGGCACAGAGGAGAAAGUGAAGCCACCUCGACACAGGGGCCCUGAGAGCGACACUGGGGAUGAGGAGCAAGACCAGGAGAAGGAUUCUGUCUUUCUGAAGGACAACCACCUGGCCAUCGAACGAAAGUGUUCGAGCAUCACAGUCAGCUCGACCUCCAGCCUGGAAGCUGAAGUGGACUUUACUGUUAUCGGCGACUUCCAUGGCACAGCCUUUGAAGACUUCUCCAGAAGUCUGCCUGAGCUUGAUAGAGACAGGAGUGAGAUGGAAGCAGAAGGUGUGAUUUCUUCCCACGAUGCUGACAAAGUAGCUCCUGGCCAAGAAGAAGAUGUCAAGGAAGAAGAUCAGGCCUCCCACCAUAUCCCAGACGUAUCCCACUUUGAGUCAUCCGUUGUGAAAACAGAGACUGUGACUGUCAGCGCCGUUGCUGGCACGAAGAAGGCGGAACCAGAGGUCUCUGUGCACCAGAGGGUCACCACAAUGGAAACAACACAGGUCGACAGAGGCAUGGCGGGCGGAAAAGAGACCACAGCCACGUCCCACGUUGUCACCACAGAAAGCGUCUCAAUGGCCGCAGAUCACUGCGCCAAGCCUGGGAAGGGGACGGGCCCCGCGGCCGAAUUCCACACCCUCCUUCCGCUGGGGACGGGGAACACCAGCUCCUUCGGCGGAGGGAGUUCUGGGGAGCAGGAGAGAGGACAGGCUGCCUUCCCGGUUGCCUAA